AUGGAGCUGGGGCGGCUGACGUGCCUGGUGGCGGCGGCGUUGCUGGCGCUGGCAACGGUGGCGCGGUGCGACCCGCAGGUGCCGUGCUACUUCAUCUUUGGCGACUCGCUGGUGGACAAUGGCAACAACAACUACAUCGUCUCCCUCGCGCGGGCCAACUACCCGCCCUACGGCGUCGACUUCCCCGGCGGCUCCUCGGGGAGGUUCACCAACGGCCUCACCACCGUCGACGUCAUCGCUCAACUUCUGGGCUUCGACAAUUUCAUCCCUCCCUACGCCGAGACGGGCGGGGACCAGCUCCUCAACGGCGUCAACUUCGCCUCCGCCGCCGCCGGAAUCCGGGCCGAGACAGGCCAGCAGCUCGGCGGCCGGAUCACGUUCGCGGGGCAGGUGCAGAACUACCAGACGGCGGUGCAAACGAUGGUGAACAUUCUGGGCGACCAGGACACGGCGUCGAACCGGCUGAGCCAGUGCAUCUUUAGCGUGGGCAUGGGCAGCAACGACUACCUCAACAACUACUUCCAGCCGGCCUUCUACAGCACCGGCAGCCGCUACACCCCGGAGCAGUACUCCGAGUCCCUCAUCGCCGACUACCGCCGCUACCUCCUUAUCAUGUACAGCUACGGCGCCCGCAAGGUGGCCCUCAUCGGCGUCGGCCAGGUCGGGUGCGCGCCCAACGAGCUGGCGCGGUACAGCCCCGACGGCAGCACCUGCGUGGAGCGCAUCGACAGCGCCAUCAAGAUCUUCAACCGCGGGCUGGUGGGCCUCGUCAACGAGAUGAACUCGCUCCCCGGCGCGCACUUCACCUACAUCAACGCAUACAACAUCUUCGCCGACAUCCUCGCAAACGCCGGCGCCUACGGGUUCACCGACUCCAACGCCGGGUGCUGCGGGGUGGGGAGGAACAACGGGCAGGUCACCUGCCUGCCGUACCAGGCGCCCUGCGCCAACAGGGACCAGCACAUCUUCUGGGACGCCUUCCACCCGUCGGAGGCGGCCAACAUCAUCGUCGGACGGAGGUCAUACCGCGCCGCCUCGCCCAACGACGCCUACCCGAUGGACAUCGCCACCCUCGCCUCCCUCUGA